AUGCUGGAAUCACUCCAAGCGAGAUGGGUCGAAGAUGUCGCUGGGAUUGUCAAGAGAGCCGCCCCAGAGCAGGGAGGAGUGCUUUCUGGAAUUAACCCAGUCAAAUUUACAACCACGGAUCCUAUUCGUCUGUGGAUCAUUCAGAUUGGGAUUAUUCUUGCCCUCUGCCAAGUAUUCGCCGUUAUCCUAGCACGAAUCAAACAGCCUCGUGUCAUUGCAGAAGUGAUUGUUGGUGUGAUCUUGGGUCCCACAGCAAUGGGACGGAUCCCAAACUUCACAGCAUCCAUCUUCCCACCGGAGUCCAUCCCGUACCUCAGUCUGACUGCCACAAUAGGCUUGGUCUUGUUCAUGUUUCUCACCGCCCUCGAAGUUGAUGUCCGAAUCGCCAAGCGCAAUGCAAAGCAGUCCCUCAUGAUCUCACUCGCGGGAAUCAUCCUACCGUUUGGCGCGGGUGCGGCCCUUGCGAUUCCACUUUACAACAAUUACGUGGAUCACAAGUUUAAUAUCGGUUACUUCAUCCUCUUCGUUGGGGUUGCUAUGAGCAUCACCGCCUUUCCAGUGCUCUGCCGCAUUCUCACAGAACUCAGGCUUCUGGAAACGCAGGUUGGCAUCGUCGUCCUCAGCGCUGGUGUCGGAAACGAUGUAAUUGGCUGGGUUCUUCUUGCUCUCACUGUGGCGCUUGUGAAUGCUUCUGGUGGGCUUGUUGCGCUCUAUGUCCUCCUCACAUCCGUGGCAUGGACACUCUUUAUGCUAUAUCCUGUGAGAUGGGCAUUUCGAUACCUGGCUAAAGUUACCGGGUCUUUGGAAACUGGCCAGCCUACACCGUUGGUGAUCAUGAUCAUCCUUACCAUCGUAUUUGUAUCCGCCUUCAUGACUGAUAUCUUGGGGGUACAUGCGAUCUUUGGCGCCUUCAUCGCUGGACUGAUCGUUCCGCAUGACAAUGGAUUUGCUAUUGCUCUGGUCGAGAAAAUGGAGGAUUUGGUCGUGCUUCUUCUUGUGCCCAUCUACUUUACCCUUUCCGGUCUCAAGACAAACCUUGGUCUCCUUAAUAGCGGCAAAGUCUGGGGAUACACAAUCCUCAUCUGUGUUGUCGCUUUUGUCGGCAAAUUCUUUGGAUGUGUCGCCGCUGCACGAAUUGCUAAGUUCAACUGGCGUGAGUCUAGCACUAUUGGUGUUUUGAUGAGCUGCAAAGGGUUGGUCGAACUCAUCGUCUUGAACAUUGGAUUACAAGCCGGCAUCCUCAACACGCAAACGUUCAGCAUGUUCGUCGUCAUGGCCCUAGUCGUGACUUUUAUCACCUCGCCAGUAACAGAAGCCAUUUAUCCGAUGAAGUAUCGCAUUCCUGCACGCCUAGCAGACGUAUCAAAGCCACCGACUGAUGAAGAGGAAAAAAGGGCUCCUCAUAGCGGUCGUCAAACUGAAGACGACUUUAAAUCCCGCUUCUCGGUUGUUCUCAGCAGAAUCGAACAUCUCCCCGCGAUAAUGACCCUCACUCAACUUCUUCACAAAUCUUCCUCUUCUGUUACGCUCGCAGACCCCACGUCGUCGUCCGAAGCCAGUGGUUCGCCAUCUGUGGAAGAGACCAAAAUCUCUCUGCACGCCUUGCGUCUCAUCGAGCUCACGAAUCGUACGUCGGCCGUCAUGCAAUCGUCUGAAGCAGAGGAGAUCAUGCACCGAGACGCACCACUCACCAUUCUUCGAACAUAUGGCCAUCUCAACUCUAUCCCAGUCUCCACUUCGAUAUCCGUGGUCUCUGCCGAGCAGUUCCCGACAACCGUCUCGAGUCAUGUGCGAGAGAAAGACUCUGAAAUGGUCAUUAUUCCAUGGCAUGUCAACUCUGAGGCCACUGCUCAGAGCGCGUAUAAUCCAUUUGAAUCAAUCUUUGGUGCAGGCUCCAAUACAGAGGGUGGCUCCACUAUCUACACCCACUUCCUGCGACAAGUGUUCUCAACGGCUCCUACAGAUGUCGGCCUCUUCGUAGACAGAGGCAUUUCUGCAGAGCAAUUUGGCCAACACAUCCUUCUUCCCUUUAUGGGUGGCCCGGAUGAUCGAUUGGCUCUCUCUUUCGUCGUCCAGCUGUGUACCAACCCAUCGAUCACCGCCACCGUCAUCCGUAUCAAGCAAGUCGAGAAUGACAUUGUCUCGGGAUCGGAAACGACGGGCACGGAUCUCAAACCAACCGGCACAAAUCUUCCAAGUGCUACAGUCAUGUCCAACACUGGCUUCCCUGACACUAUCUACGCCCCCCAGACGACACAAACACGCAUGGAGUCGGUCAACGCGGAUAGCCUUCUCUUAGCUCGCUACGCGCAUCGUAAUGGAGAAGACGCACUUCCCGCUUCAGUGGAAGAUGCACUUUCUCGCAUCACAUUCGAGGACUUGGUCACCCCCGUUCCGCUCACAGCCUUGAUCAAGCGGGUCAACGAGACGAAUGUUCCGAAAAAGAGUGUGAUGGUUGUCACUGGACGUGGUCGGAGAAUGGCAGUCGAGUCUCAUCAUGCCGAGUUGCGUACUAUCCUGCACGAGUACGCUGCUAGGAACGGACGAGUUGGAGGCGACGCGUCUAGGACGCUCGGAGAUGUCGCAACGGCGCUGAUGAUGGCUACCAAAGCGAAUAUUCUUGUGGUGCAAGCGGCCUUGCCGAGCAUCCAGGAAUGA